UCUCUCUCUCUCUCUAGAACUCUAUAAGCUACAGUGUGUAUGGAGCCCAUAGCAACACCUCUGCUUUGCUGGCUUCAAGCUCUCCAUUGUUGGCCUUUUAUGGGGCUUGUCUGCUGAGAGAAAUAGAGAGAUAGAGAGAGGAAGUUUCAGUUGGGCCAAUCUUUUUAAACAUAUAGACCCUGGUUUUUUGACAAGUCCCAUUUCACUUGGUGCUGCUCUUUCUCAACUACUAUAUAUCAAUAUCAUCUUCCACACACCACUAGAAAAGAAUAGAAAAAGCAAAAACAACAAAAACCCACUUCUUGUUUUUGUUUUUAUUUUUUGUUCCUCUCUUUGAUUUGUUGGAUCCACAGAUCUAAUGCUUUGGCACAAAACCCACAUGAACUUUUCCUUGUUCAUUCCAGAUCCUCCUCUUGUUCAACUUUAGCACGCAGUAGCUUUCAGGAAACAGCCAGUUUAUUUGGGCUGUAAUUUUUCAAUGUGAAGGGGUAGACCUUCUGGAUUAUCAAGUGGCUGACCAAACACCUGUCUGAGAAAAAAGUUACUGAUUGAACAAGUAUUGAUUUUUAUGGUGUUUUGUUGUUGAUGCUGUUAUAGUGUAUGGUUAUUGGUGUGGAGUUGAGGAAAAGAUAAUUCACAAUUGGGAAUUUUGGGUUAGAGUGGUUUUUGAUGGUGAUGAGAAUUUGGAGGGUUGUUUGGAUGAGAUGAGGGAUGUUAUCGGAGUUGAUGAACUUUCUCAGGGCCUGUUUUCGGCCCAGGUCCAAUCGAUAUGUUCAUACAGGUUCAGAUGCAGGGGGUCGCCAAGAAGGGUUGUUGUGGUAUAAAGACAGUGGACAGCACUUGAAUGGUGACUUCUCUAUGGCUGUAGUCCAAGCCAACAAUUUGCUUGAGGACCAGAGCCAGAUUGAGUCAGGCAGUUUGAGUUUGAACGAGACCGGCCCCUUUGGCACCUUUAUUGGAGUCUAUGACGGGCACGGGGGGCCUGAGACGUCACGCUAUGUCAAUAAUCACCUGUUUCAACAUCUCAAGAGGUUUACUGCAGAGCAACAAUCGAUGUCAGUGGAUGUAGUAAGGAAAGCAUAUCAAGCAACAGAAGAUGGGUUCAUGUCUCUUGUUACCAAACAAUGGCCAUUGAAACCGCAGAUUGCAGCAGUUGGGUCAUGCUGUCUUGUUGGUGUUAUUUGUAAUGGAACCCUCUACAUUGCCAACCUUGGUGAUUCCCGUGCUGUCCUGGGAAGAGUUAUGAAAGCAACAGGGGAGGUUCUAGCCAUCCAAUUGUCAGCAGAGCACAAUGUAUGUAUAGAGUCUGUCAGACAAGAGUUGCAUUCUUUACAUCCUGAGGACCCACAGAUUGUAGUUUUGAAGCAUAAUGUAUGGCGUGUAAAGGGCCUUAUACAGAUUUCUAGAUCUAUUGGUGAUGUGUAUUUAAAAAAGGCUGAGUUCAACAGGGAGCCUUUAUAUGCUAAGUUUCGCCUUCGUGAACCUUUUAAAAAGCCAAUACUAAGCGCUGAACCAACAAUUUCUGUGCAUCAAUUGCAACCCCAUGAUCAAUUUAUUAUAUUUGCAUCUGAUGGGCUUUGGGAGCACCUUACCAAUCAGGAAGCUGUUGACAUGGUUCAAAAUCAUCCACACAGCGGAAGUGCUAGAAGGCUGAUAAAAGCUGCUUUGCAAGAAGCAGCAAAGAAGAGAGAAAUGAGAUAUUCGGACUUGAAGAAGAUAGACCGUGGGGUCCGUCGCCAUUUCCACGAUGACAUUACAGUGAUUGUUGUAUUUCUUGACUCAAAUCUCGUGAGCAGGGCUAGCUCAGUCAAGUCCCCGAGUAUAUCCGUGAAGGGGGGUGGAAUAAACCUGCCUCAUAACACACUUGCUCCUCUUACUACGCCAAUGGAAGCUGGCAGUACCUAAUUAAGCUUUAUCUCAUAUUUGUCUGUUGUAUUAUUCUCUAUGUGAAUACCAGGUAGCUUCCGGAAGAGAUCAGAGGAGCAGGCCUUCUUCAAUUCUUUAGUGUAAACUGUAACUUUUAACUCGAAACUAAUACUUGCAUUUAGCUCUUGUGCCAAAAGUUAAAAGAAACUGGAGAAAGAGAACUUAAUAGGCGACAGUUAUUAUAGUUAUUUCCUCGGCACAGUUCUUACCCUCUAUUAAUUUUUUUCCCCUUACUCCA